AUGAUACAUUGGAUCCGGCGGGCAGCCGCUCUGGCUACUCUCUUGCAGUCGCUGUGUACCGCGCAGACGUUUAUUCCGGAGCCUCACGAUGUCGUCUUCAAAGAGUCCAGUGUCCUCAUUGGGGCAUCACUCUCCUACAAAGAGACGGACAUCUGCGACACCACGCCUGGAGUGAAGAGCUACAGCGGUUAUGUGACGCUCCCCGUCGGCGACACCUACAACGCAAGCAUCUUCUUCUGGUACUUUGAAUCUCGCACCAACGCCGACCAGGCUCCGACUACGAUCUGGAUGCCCGGCGGCCCUGGCACGUCCUUCCUCGGCGGCGGAUCCGGCUUCCCCUGCAGCGUCAACGCCGACGGCAACGGCACGACCCUUAACCCGUGGUCGCUCAACAGCCAGGUCAACAUGCUCUACGUCGACAUACCGGUGCAGACGGGGUUUUCCUACACAGAGGUGCAGAACGGCACGUUUGAUGUUGUUUCGGGCCUGUUCACGCCUGGGACGGAGGCAGAUGUGGUGCGCAAUAGCACGACGACCGCGGCGACUAUGAGCAGCCAGGACGAGAGCAGGACGGCGAAUACCACGCUUCAGGUUGCUCGGCAGAUGUUCCAGCUCUCGCAGGUCUGGUUCCAGGAGUUUCCCGAGUGGAACACUAACAAUAAGGAGAUCGACCUUUGGUCUUACUCGUACUCGGGUUUCUUUGGCCCCGCCUCAGUGGCCUACAUCCAGCAGCAAAACGAGCGCAUCGCCAACGGAAGCUACGAGACCACCGACGGCAUCGAGGCACCAAUCAGCCUGUCCCUCGGCACGCUGGGCACCAACAACGGUUGCAUCGAUGUCGAGAGCCAGCUGUCAUCCUUCCCGGCCAUGAUGUUCAACAACACGUACGGCAUCAAGGUGGUCCCGGACGAGUACUACGACGAGCUUGCCGAGGUCGUGGACGAGUGCUAUGGGCUGAUCCAGUCGUGCCGCGACGCAGCGGCCGAGCUGGACCCAUACGGGACGGGUGCGGUGGAUGAUGUGAAUGCUCUGUGUGUGAACGCUACUGAGAACUGCUUCACCGGGUUAGAGGAGAUGUAUCUCAGCUCAAACAGAUCUGUGUUUGACCUCGCGCUCCCAAUGCCAGGAGACUUCCCCAUCAUCGGGACCGUCGCCGCGUUCUAUAACCAGCGCUGGGUGCAGGAGGCCCUUGGUGUUCCCGUCAACUUUACCGAGAGCGCCGAGGCCAGCGCCGUGAACAUGUUUGGUGUGACAGGCGAUCCGAUGAUCCAGACAUAUAGCACCCUAGAGUACAUCCUCGAAGCGGGCAUCGGCAUCGCAUUCGUCUACGGUGACCGAGACUACCAAUGUAACUGGAUGGGCGUCGAAAACGUGUCACUCUCAAUGAACUAUCCAGGAGCCGAGUCUUUCCGCAGCGCAGGCUACGCCCCCAUCACCACCAACGCGAGCUACCAGGGCGGCCUUGUCCGGCAGCACGACCGCGUGUCCUUCUCGCGCGUGUUCGAGGCAGGCCAUGCUGUCGCCGACUACCAGCCCGAAACCGUCCUGCGCAUCUUUGAGCGCGCAGUGCUGGGGCGCGAUGUUGCGACGGGCGAGAUUGACGUUCUGGGAGGCUACAGCACCCGCGGGCCCCUGAGCACUCUCAACGUCACCAACGCCGUCCUCCCGCCCGUCGUGGCCGCACCGCAGUGUGGCUGGUACCUCGCGAGCGACCCCUCAUCGUGUACAGACGAGCAGCGCGCCGCUUUGCAGGCCGGGACCGCUGUGGUUGUGGACUGGGAGAUCGUGAGCCCCGCGGGUGUCUUUUAUGCCACGAGCGGAAACCCCACGACGGUGAGCGCCACUGAGACUGCGACGGCGGUUGUGAGGAGGUGAUUGAGAGAUGUUAUGGAGGAGGAUGGGGUGAGAAGGAAGUAAUGGGAAGCAGAUGGUAUGUUUCUCGACCGGUCUCGUUUUGGAGGGUUGGAGAGGUACUUGAGGGAUUGAAAGUAGUUGCGUCUUGCUUGGGACGGUAGAGGGAUGGAGGAAAGAGGACAAGGAAGCAAGAAAGUGUGGUUCUGGCCAUGGGGGAGGCAAAAGAAGAAAUAAUUGUACGAGAUGUAUCUGGUGUGGUUCUUUUGGCUCGGCUUAUCAACAU